UCGGGAAGGCAGGGGCAGUACGAGGCCCCCAGCAGGUGCGCCCGGCAGCCGCCCGCAUCGCAGGGACCCCUCGCCUCACCUCCGCCGGGUGCGCUCUCCUCGGUUCGCGAACCCCGCGCCGCGCGCCGCCGCUGACAUGUGUGCCGCCCCGAUGCCGUCCCUGGCGCACAUCUUCCGAGGGACAUUCAUCCACUCCACCUGGACUUGCCCCAUGGAGGUGCUGCGGGAUCACCUCCUCGGCGUGAGCGACAGCGGCAAAAUAGUGUUUUUAGAAGAAGCAUCCCAACAAGAAAAGCUGGCCAAAGCAUGGUACUUCAAGCCGUGUGAAAUAAGAGAACUAAGCAACCAUGAGUUCUUCAUGCCUGGGCUGGUUGAUACACACAUCCACGCCCCUCAGUAUUCUUUUGCUGGGAGUAAUGUGGACCUGCCGCUUUUGGACUGGCUGACCAUGUACACAUUUCCUACAGAACUCAAAUUCCAGAACAUUGACUUCGCUGAAGAAGUAUAUACGAGAGUUGUCAGGAGAACACUAAAGAAUGGAACAACCACAGCUUGUUACUUUGGAACAAUUCACACUGACUCAUCUCUGCUCCUUGCAGAAAUUACAGAUAAAUUUGGGCAGCGGGCAUUUGUGGGCAAAGUCUGCAUGGAUAUGAAUACCAGUGUUCCAGAAUACAAGGAAACCACUGAGGAAUCAAUCAAGGAAACAGAGAGAUUUGUGUCAAGAAUGCUCCAAAAGAACUAUUCUAGAGUUAAGCCCAUAAUGACACCACGUUUUUCCCUUUCCUGCUCUGAAACUUUGUUGGGUAAACUGGGAAACAUGGCGAAGACCCAUAAUUUGCAUAUUCAGAGCCAUAUAAGUGAAAAUGUCAAUGAAGUUGAAGCUGUGAAGAACUUAUUUCCCGAUUAUAAAAACUACACAGAUGUGUAUGAUAGAAACAAUCUUCUGACAAAUAAGACAGUGAUGGCACACGGGUGCUACCUUUCCACGGAAGAGCUGCAGGUGUUCAAGGAGCGAGGAGCAGCGAUCUCGCAUUGCCCCAAUUCUAACUUAUCGCUCAGCAGCGGCUUUCUCAAUGUGCUAGAAGUCCUAAAACAUGACGUGAAAAUAGGGCUGGGUACAGAUGUGGCUGGUGGUUACUCAGCUUCCAUGCUUGAUGCAAUCAGAAGAGCAGUGAUGGUUUCCAACAUCCUUUUAAUUAAUAAGAUCAAUGAGAAAAGCCUCACCCUCAAAGAGGUCUUCAGACUAGCUACUCUUGGAGGCAGCCAAGCCCUGGGGCUGGAUAAAGAGAUUGGAAACUUUGAAGUGGGCAAGGAAUUCGAUGCCCUCCUGAUCAACCCCAAAGCAUCUGACUCUCCCAUUGACUUGUUUUCUGGGGAUUUGGUUGGUGAUACGUCUGAAGCUGUCAUCCAGAAGUUCCUCUACCUAGGAGAUGACCGAAAUAUUGAGGAGGUUUAUGUGGGUGGAAAGCAGGUGGUCCCCUUUUCAAGCUCAGUGUAAGACCUUCGGCCUCUACGAGUUCUCCUGGGAUCGCGUGGUUCUGCGUCUCCCUUGUGCCCAGGCCAAGUUAGAAAGUCCUAAAAUAGUAUCUUGUUCUUGGGAUGACUAUCUCUUUCUGUGUCUAGUUACAGUAUUCACUUGACAAAUCGUUUGAAGGAAGUCACGCUAAUUCCCAACUCUCUGGUUGGGAGGAUUCAAAAUUUCUCCCUUUUGAGCUGUUUGGAUUUACUUUAAGCUCAAACAUAAGGGAAUGUUAUUCCUGGUGGUGUUCUUAUUAUGAGAUUUAAGUCAAAUCGAUUUCAUACUUGGAAAUGUGGAGAGAAAAGAUAUUCUUGUACAGCUAGAUAUUUUGAGCUAAUAAAUGUGAAAAUCAGAGAAUGGAAGAUGAACCAGUGAAUAUAUUUUUAUGAGGGAGAAAAAGUUAGACUAUGAACACACACUGGAAAAUCACUUCAGAUUAUCUUUGAAAAUUAUGUACUGAGCAUAUUAAUUUCAGAAGAGAACUUCUUGAAUUUCCAAAUGUCUUUCUAGAUUGACCUUGUGUUCUGGAAAUUUGCACUUAAUGGAAUUUGCAUUUCAGAGACGUGCUGUUGUGCUUUGCUUUCUUUGGGGAUGAAAUGUCAGAAAUUGAAUGCCACAUGCUUUCUUAAUAUAGUUCUGUGCUUCAGAGUGUUUGACAGAGGUUGAAUGUUAAAGAUUUAAAGUCUCUUAGGAAUAUUAUUCACAUAACUACGUGGCACAAAUCGUGGUAUUUUUGUGUAUUUCAGAAUCACCUUAAUGUAUAACUGUGUGAUUUAUUAUUGCUUCCGUGUUAUUAGAAAAGAAACAAGUUCCAUACUCCACUGUUGUGUAGACUGGAGUCUUCAUAAACUGGGGCACGUGCUGGGCAGCCAGGAGCUAUCGAUACUAAAAGGAAGGAUUUCACAGCAAUGCUGUGGUCUCCCCAAGAGGUAUGCUGUGGUUGCUGAAAAUUUCAUCCUCAGAUCUCAAUCUGGUAGAACUUUAAAAUGAAAGACAGACUCAGCAAGAACAAAAACCAAAACCAUUAUUAAAAAUCUUUAAACCCUGCUUACUGAAAGCACUCCAUUUUUCAAGUUUAUCCUAUUGUCUUUUUAAUUCCUAAUAAUUUUCAGGACAUUAGAAUUUUGGGAUAAUGAAAACUAUGUACAUGUCCCAUUUAAUGUUUAUAUUAAUAGGACUUAAUCUGCACUAGACAUCUAGGAACAUUACACAAAGGGUAUUUUUAUGCUUCCUAGUACAGUGUGCUUUCCCAUAACCUACAAUUAGAAGCAAAUUGAUUUUUUGAUAAACUCUGAAGAAGUAUUAAUGUGAAUGUUAUUUAAAUACUACAGUUUUCUCAUUUAAUUUCAAAUACUAUAAACCAACGUGGAAAAGGAAUAGAUUUUCUUAAUAUGUCGUAACACUCACACCUAGGGCUUAAGUGUGACUCCUUAUAAUUUACCUUAGAGUAGAGAGCUUUCUGUAAUAUAAUAUAGCUAACUCCGUAUUUACAGAACUAAGAACAAAAUUCCCCCUCUUGUACUAUAACUUUAUCCUCAAUUAGUUAUGCUAAAUCAGCACUCAUUUGCCCACAUUUUGUUUUCUGUUUUUCCUGGUGGAAACACUUUUAGAUUUGAUUGUAUGCACACAACACCUAAUGACAGAACACAACUUUGGUCCUAUUUCCAUUUUUUAAAAGAAUUUUUCUUAUUUGAAUAUAGUUGACACACAAUUUGAUCUUAUUUAGAACACACAAACUGUUUGUGUUGUGGGGUAUUAAGCAACUCAGUAAAUUCAGCUUCCAAGGGCCAAAGGAACAUGGUUACCUGGCGUCUAACCCACAGGAGUGGGCUUAAGAAUUUGGAUAAGAUGUGAGAUCCUCCCACAGGCAGUGGCAGUAUUCCCGGCCUUUGCAAGAUCCUACAUUUGUCCCUUCCUGAAGGAUGUACGUGUUGAUGUUGAGCAUCAGUUUUCAAGAUUCACAUGCAGUGUGUAGAAACAGGCAUGGCCUCAGCAGCAAGAAGAGUGGCCAUCUACAACCAGUCUGUCAGACAUUACAUUUAGCCCCGGGAGUGUGUUAAGACCUGACUAUCUUUUCUAGUAAAAAUAGAAUGUGUUGAAAUGUU